AUGGAGACGAAGCAAUUCAGCCACCAACACCCCCUAGCUUUCCAUCAAGUCCACCAAGGCUCCCAAACCCACUGCUCCGGCUGCAAAUCCCCCGCCACAGGCAACGUCUACGCGUGCUGGCAAUGCAGCUACUUCCUCGACGAGCACUGUUUCCACGCAACGCGCUCCCUCCGCCACCCCUCCCACCCCCUCCACCCCCUCUCCCUCGUCCCUCUUCCCACCUAUCCAUCCGCCUCCUUCUGCAACUCCUGCAGCCUCCCCGGCGACGGAUUCUCCUACUGCUGCGCUGCCUGUGAUUUUGACAUCCACGUCCACUGA